AUGAACAUAGGAAACAGAAAUAAUGAUAAUUCAUCUUCAGAAGAAAUAGAUUUGGAAUUAUAGGAUGAUGAAACAUAGGUCAAUUAGGAUUGCCCUUCGGAACAAUAAGUAUUGAGUCACUUAUUGGAAAUAGGAGAAUUCAUAGAUUAUUUAGAUUCAAAUACAAAUAAAUGGGCAACUAUGAAAAUUGUUGAUAUUUAAAACUCAAAUAUAAGACUAUAAUCUCCUUCGUCCUCUAAUACUUUUUGGAUUUAAUUUUCUUAUGAAAUAAUUCGAAAACAGUGGAUCCCUGGAGUCCCAUUAUAGAAUUCAAAAGUUGAAGUUUAUAAUUCUAAUAAAGGAUGGUUAGUUGGUAUAGUUGUCCAGAUAGAAAAGGACGAAGCACUUAUACAUCAUUAAGGAUAUAAGAGGAUUUACGAUCAGAAUUAUUAGCAUAAGGACAUUCAUCCCCUUGGUUUGAACUCCAGUGAACCUGGAAUAGGAAAAUUAUUAAAAUAACAACCAUAAUCUCUUAUGAGAUUGUAACAUCGAUUCAAUCUAUAUUUACAAUUGUAAAAUUUCUUAACCAUGCGAAAAAAAUACAAGGAAAUGGAAACUUCCUUGCAAUCAAUUUUGAGUGAGUAAGGAAUGCUGAUUAGAGAUGUUUAAGGCGAUGGCAAUUGUAUGUUUAGAGCUAUAAGUGAUCAACUAUAUGGCAAUGAAAUCUAUCAUAAAGAAUUACGCAAAUUUGCAAUGCAAUACAUCCUACAAGAAAAGGAUUAUUUUUAAGAUUAUAUAAUAAAUGGGAAUGUUGAGGAAUAUGUAGAAUACAAAUCAAAAGACGGUGUUUGGGGAGACAACAUUGAACUUUAAGCCUUUCGUGAACUUUAUGAUAUCCCAAUUGAAAUUUAUGUGUGCAGCAAAGAACCGUUAAAAACAGGAUUAGAGGCUAAUCCAUAUAAUAAAGAGCCAAUUAGAUUGUCUUAUCAUGGAAGAUCUCAUUAUAACUCUAUAAAAUUAAAAGAUAAAUAGCAUUCAGCCUUAUUAGGAGUUUUAGAAAUUAGUUAAUAUGAAAAGCAAAUGUUCGAGAAAUUAUAAGAACAGAAAAACAAGUAAAGUGCAAACAAUAAUAAUAGAUGUGGGCAAUAAUUAUCAAGAGCUUAAUUUGAAAAUUGCAUUAGCAAUGAAUUGGAUAUUAUUUUUAAUGAAUCUAAAAGGCUAUUCUAGGAUCAAUAACUAAAAAUUGAGUAAACUGCGAUAAAGGAAUCUUUGUAACAACUAGAAUAUGAAGAAGAGGAGGAAUAACUUAUGGAUAUGGUAAUUAAGGAGAGUGUUCAAGAUGCACAAUUUAAUCAAUAAUUUCCUAUUCAAUAAUAGUAAAAACAAACUUAAUAAUAACAGCAAUAAUAAUAGUAAUAAUAACAGUAAUAGUAAUAAUAAUAAUAAUAACAAUAAUAAUAACAAUAACAACAACCAAAUUUGGAAAAUGAAAUAUUGAGAAAAAUAAUGGAAUAAAGUAAAUAAGAAUAGGAAUAAUAAUUUAUGUAAUAAUUUGAAGAUACUCAAUUUUAAAAUGCUUUGAAAGAAAUAGAAAAAACUAUUUAUGAAGAUCCCAUGAAUAAUCCAACAAUAGCCUAAGUUAUGGCCAUGGGGUUCUUUACGCUUGAAUAGGUAGUUGAAGCAUAUGCAAUUCAUAGAGAUGACCCAGAUAUGAUCAUAAAUUAUCUUUAUGAAAAUUUCUAAUGA